GGGACCCAGUCAGCCGGCGUGUGCAUCACGCCAUCGAGCACUAUAGGUUGACCGCGCAUCGCUGGUCUACGAUGUCAUUUUAUGUUCUUCGAAUGAAAAACGUCCGGGAUCGCGAACACUUUAAACAGAUACUAUAAAGAGUACGCCAUGUGGCGAUUACAUGGCUUCGUGGGAAGAGUCCUGGGUCGUUACCAUGGCAACACCCCCCUCCGGCUCUCCCAAGGUCAUCAUGUGGAAGAUGAGGUGCUCAGCACCUCCACAGCGCUGUCCACUGGCCUGCACCCCUCCGACAGCGGCUCACAGAAAGAGGAGAAUGGAGGGAAGAAGCAGAAGAAGAAAACCUUCAAGUACUGCAGCAGUGGACUGCCACGCUACACAGCCCUGGAUGCAAUGGGUUGGGGCACAGCUGCCGUGCUCCUCAUGCAGAUCUGCAGGAAGAUCCACUCACAGUUUGCUGUGAAUGAAGCCAAUCCUGGAUCUGGAGUCGGAACAUACAGGGAGGCAGGAUCGCUAAAGAAGUGUGGCUAUCGUGUGCUGUUGGAGAUUUUGUCUCGACGGGAUGUCCUUCCGAGGGGCGUAAGCGUCAACUGCCUGAAGUCUAGCCUGGAGGACAAGGGAAGUGGUACUGGGGCAAGUCACACCCCCCCGAUGCCAGAAAACUCCACCUUUUACGAUUCAUUGGGUGCGUCCCAGAGCAGUGACUCCCAAUCAGACGAAUCCCUUUCUUCAGUGGAAAGCACUCAUCAAGAAACUGCUACAGAAGAUCAUCUACAAGAGGGCCGAAAGGAGUCCUCUUCACUAGACGAGGAGCUAGCAGGUGCUGCAGACAAUCUGAGACACGUGGCCGAAUCCAGCGUCCCUGUUAUCCUGAACAUCAUUGGCAUAGAGAGCGCAGUGAAGGGGGACAGCCAAGCCGCUUUCUUGUGCUUUCUGGCCGCCGCCAAGCAUGGCUACUGCAAGGCCCAGUUCAACACUGGCAUCUGCUACGAGAAGGGACAAGGUGUUGGCAGAAACCUGGAAAUGGCCGUUGAGUUCUACAGACAAGCGGCAGCAGGGGGGCACAGCCAAGCCCAAUACCGCUAUGCCAUGCACCUCUUACACAGUAGGGGGCAGCAGCAGCACACUGAAAACACACUCGUUGCAGUUGACCUACUGGAGAAGGCUGCUGUAUCGGGAGUGAGAAAGGCUCAGGCAUAUUUGGGUGUGCUGUUUACCCAAGAGCCUACUCAGGAUUGGCAGAAGGCAGUGCACUACCUGCGAAUGGCAGCAGAGCAUGGGGACCCAGUCAGCCAGCUGUACCUGGGGCACUGCUACAAAGAGGGCCUGGGAGUAGAGCGGAGCCUCAGCACCACCCUGCAGAUGUACCGGAGGGCAGCUGAAGGGGGAAACCCAGAGGCCAGGCAUAUUCUCUCUGCCUGGAGAGCGGGAUUCGGCGGUGUUCCAGAGAACGUGUUCCUGCGGUCGACUCGCUCGGCCCCCUGUUUCGCGUCAGCUGACCAGCUCCACUUCCUGUUAAGCGCAGGUUUCUUCAGCGCAGCACAAGACAACCCCAAGUCUGACUGUAGCAGCCGAACCCUUCCGCACAGCUGUAGCCUGGGCAGCAUCCACGCCCGGCCCCUGCUCUGUCCGCUGCCGGAGCUACCGCAGGAAUCAGGGUCAUCAUCGGUGUCGACAAACACUGCCCCCUGUGGGUGGACCAUAGGAGUUGGAUAAUGGGGGCUUGGAGCAGGGAGGGUAGGCUCGGGAUGCAGACAGGUCUAGGAAGAUGGCUAGGACUCCCUGAGAUUAAGGAUAAUGUUGAAUUAAUUUCAAUGAACUUAUGAAAAGAUGCUUGACUUUACAAUGUGAAAAUUCGUGUCUUAAGGUCAGUACCUUGCAGGAAUGAGGUUGAGUGUUAUUCUCUAACCAUACAUCCUCUUUGGGACUAUGGGUGGUUGAUAGCUUGGGAGGCAGUACAUUGCGCUAGAUGGAAAUGAACCAGAUGUGUAUCAAAAAGGAACUUGUUUCUUCAGGUUUGCACAAUUUAUUUAUAGACAGACCUGUUACACUGGAGUACACAGAAAUCAUGGCCUGUAAAUAUGUAUGUAGGGAUGGUACUUUGCCAAAGGAUGUAUAUGGGACUUAAGGCACUGGUAUCCAGUGAGGUGUGUGUGUGAGUGUGUAUAUAUAUAUAUAAAUAUAUGUAAGUGGAACAUUAACUAACUAGAACAACUUUUAUAUUAAAAUCUGAGCAUUUGUCGGCAGUUUCGCAGAAAAAAAAAACUAGAAAGUUAUUUAAGUUUUAUUUUAUUUAAGUUAUUUACGUUUUUGGGUAUGUGUCAUUAAUCUAGGUGAGAGUUUGAUGGAAAAAAGAAAAACUUGUAUACUACAGCUGAAGAUCUUUGCCCGAACCCAACGGGUUGGGGCUUAAUUUAAUUCUAUCAUUUCAUACGGGCUCGGGCUUGCGCUGUAAAUGAGAGGUCAGGUGACGCAUUUCGAUUAGCGCGAGAAAGAUGCGAAAAUGGUUGCUGUGGAGGUGAAACGGAGGCUAUCCUCUGGCGAUUAUGUUUUAGUUGCACCGACAACGAAAGCAAAGUCAGGUGGGGAAAAGUUUUGACAAUGAGAAUUAUGAGCCAGUGGUUUGUGAAACGCAAAAGAUGCAACAUUCUGUUAAAGUACGACAGCAAAACGACAGGGAAUUCGUCUCUGAUAAGGCAUGUUGAUGGAAGCUGUUCACGCGGAGCCUUUAUCUUAAUUUUGUUAUUGCCAAAUAUCCAUCUUGAUUUAGAACUUAAUUUGUUAAGACUCUUUAUUGGCACGUUGUGUAUGCCUAGGCAUGUUAAGAGUGUUGACAUGUUAUUUUAUUUUAUUUCUUCCAAGUGGCCUAUAGCCUACAGUAGUCAUGAAUAAAUUAUGUUGAAAAUGUAUAAA